CCUGCUCCGGCUGGGUGUCCGUCGGAAAGUGAAGUGUGUUUGGCGUGCUACUGCUGUCGGAGUUUUCCCCCUGUUUUCUGUCUUUCGUUUCGUGUUUUUUGUCGGUUUCUAGCUUCACUCUCGAGGUCUUUCGUUGUCGUUUCCCAAACCCGGCGCUGUCGCGGACUUGUAGGAUGUUUUAGAAAAGUUCCUGAAGCGUUCUUUGAGGAAACCGGUGGACCGCGGACCCCGCCGAGAUGGAGAAGCUAGCCGCUAGCUGAGUCGUUAGCCAAGAAUCACAGAUCGUAGCACGGACUCGGAGCUAGCAUGCUAACAGCUAGCUAAUUUAACAUUUUAUCGGCUAACCGAGUGACUUUGUUAACCUGUACCGCCACAACUACCGACAUUUUCUCCCCAGGCUCGGCUGCUACACCGUGAAGAGGCCGGCUAACUCAGGAAGACCCGGUUUGUGUUGAGAGGGAAUCGGCGUAGCAGUAUUGUUGAGGUGCCUGUUGUUCAUCUCAGACUGAGCAUGCUGUCCAACGCUCAGACCCAGCCACUGUUUCCCAACCCGGCGGGGCAACAGAACCCGGCAGGGCAGCAGAACCCCACGGGCCAGUUCCUCCCCUUCCACGCAAGACCCACCUUACAGAUCAAGAAGAACGCCAUAACAGACGAUUACAAGGUGACCAGCCAGGUGUUGGGGCUGGGCAUCAAUGGCAAAGUGCUGGAAAUCUUCCAGAAGAAGACUGGCGACAAGUAUGCACUGAAGAUGCUGCAGGACUGUUCCAAAGCCCGCAGGGAAGUGGAGCUCCACUGGAGGGCGUCGCCUUGUUCCAACAUUGUGCGCAUCAUUGAUGUUUUUGAGAACCUCUAUCAAGGCAGGAAGUGUCUUCUUAUUGUCAUGGAGUGCAUGGAUGGUGGUGAGCUUUUUAGUCGAAUCCAGGACAGAGGAGACCAAGCCUUCACAGAGAGAGAGGCUUCUGACAUCAUGAAGAGCAUAGGGGAGGCCAUUCAGUUUCUGCAUGCAAUCAACAUUGCCCACAGGGAUGUCAAGCCAGAGAAUUUACUGUAUUCCACGAAGCGACCCAGUGCCCUGCUAAAACUCACAGACUUUGGCUUUGCCAAGGAGACCACUUCACACAACUCCUUAGCUACUCCCUGCUACACACCCUACUAUGUUGCUCCAGAGGUUCUGGGCCCAGAAAAAUAUGACAAGUCAUGUGACAUGUGGUCAUUGGGUGUGAUCAUGUACAUCCUGUUGUGUGGGUACCCCCCGUUUUAUUCUAACCACGGUCUAGCCAUUUCUCCUGGGAUGAAAAAGAGAAUCAGGAUGGGCCAGUAUGAGUUUCCCAACCCUGAAUGGUCUGAUGUAUCAGAGGAAGCCAAACAACUGAUUAGGACCCUCCUAAAGACUGAACCGACCCAAAGGAUGACCAUUACAGAGUUCAUGAAUCAUCCAUGGAUCAAUCAAUCAAUGGAAGUUCCCCAGACACCACUUCACACCAGUCGAGUUCUGAAGGAGGAGAAGGACACAUGGGAGGACGUUAAGGAGGAAAUGACGAGUGCCUUGGCAACAAUGAGGGUUGACUAUGAGCAAAUCAAAAUCAAGACCAUUGAUGACUCAACCAAUCCACUGCUAACGAAAAGGAGGAAGAAAGCCAGUAAUGCCAUGGCGGACCCAAAGUCCGCCGCCCACUGAAAGAUGCACGCAUGCAUGCACAUACAAACACAGGUUGUGAAAAGGAAGCAAUAAUUUGUCGACACAAGUCGCAUUGCAUGGAUUUUGUCAGUGUUUUAUUUUUCAUGACAAAUUCUAAUGUUUUGUAAGAGUGUUUUGUUUUUAUUACUUUUACCAUUUUAACAAACUCGUCACUCUGCUCCGGCAGAAAGGAUGAUUAUUUGCGUUUUUACACCACUGAAGAGAUUAUCAACUAUAGAAAAGGGGAGGACAGGGAAUCAGUGAGAUCUCUUUCCUCUUCUUUCCCAAAUAUCAGGUUCUGUACUCAGAGGGGCUUGAAUGUUGGAAUAAGACAUGAAGCCUUAGCAUUAGCAGUAGUUAUCUUUUACCCUGCAGCCCUACUCUAGCCCCAAACUUCUGAAUGUUAAAUCAAAUGGCUAAAUCCCAAAAAAUAUAAACAAGGGACGGUUUCUUUUUACAUACAUGCAGAGUAAGCAGAUGUAUUUUGAACUGACGUGUGGAAUGUAAGGACUCUUGUCCCUGACUGUUGGAAUUAGCUGGAAAUAGUUGCUAAUUUCUGUGACUUGGACUGGGACUGUCUGUCAGAUUCAGUUUGUGUUUGUGAAUGUUGAACAGAGGCCUAUGCACUCACUCAAGGGCCGUGUGCCAUUCUGACAGAGCACCUCACUCGUGGCCCCUCUCUCCUACCUUAAUCUACGCUUGUUUUUCAGGUACAUAGUUUUAGGGCAGAGAAAAAAGCCAUGUUUAAAAACAGAAACUGGCCCAUCUUUCUCCUGCUUGUAGCUCAUAGGAGAGUAGGAGGCAACUGAUACUGUAUUUUUUCAUGGUCUUCAUGAUCGUUUUAGCAUAGGCCUUACUGAGUAUUGCUAAAUCAGCAAAUGGCUUUUAACCCCUGCCUACCAUUUGGUUGAAGCUUUUACCAAUGUUAUGCUUCCGAAUUUAAAACAUUGCCACGUUAUUUCAUGUUAAUGCUAUGCAGAUGUGUUUGUCAGCUUGAAGUACUACUAGAAUGUUUUUGUUAGCGGUUUCUGUUUGCAAAUAUGUCGGAGAAAUGCAAGGCGACAAGAGGGAGUGUUUGUGUGUGUUUGUGUAAGCAGUAGCAUCCCCUUGAGACCACACAGUGCAGACUGGUCAUUUAGAGUUACUGUUGUUGCACCAACUCAAUUGUAGGCAAGCUCAGUCUUUGGCUAAUUUGGCGCAAUGCCAGCAUUCUCCAACAAUCCUUCAUAUGCCCUGAAGGAUUGAUAGAAAGUAGGAAAGUACUGAAGAGCUGCUCCUCAUCCCAGAGGACUGUCUGACAUACCACCAGCAAGCUGUCAUCACAUUCAGAGUGGGGAAAUGUUUUGUCUCUUUAGUGUUUUUUUUUUUUUGCACAAAGGACACUUCUCAGUCUGGUUGGGAUCAUGGAGAAUGAUCGAUGACUUGGUCACUUUGAUUCCCUUAAUUUUGUAAAGUCACAUCCACGUUACUUUUCACAUCACACCUAAAGUCUCUCAAUAAGUACAAAUGUUUCUUGAGUGUUUAUGAAAAGUCUUUUUUUUGGGUCCCUCAACACAAUUUUUUUGUAGUGGAAGCACAGAUGUGUCUCUGUUUUCCUGUCAUUGAGUCUGUUCUGCUCCACCUGCCGUACUUUUGUCUGCUUCGGCUUUGGAUUAAAAAAAAAACAUAUAAAAAACAA